AACACGGCGAGCAUAAAGCAAGAUGGCGUCUGACGGGGAAGAUGUUAUUGCAGUCGUCAAAGUUAUAUGUUCUUAAUCUGUGCCUCCAUGUACAUAUAUAUGUCCUUUAUUAGACUAUAUUACAUAGAGUAAACAUCGUUAAUAACUCUUUGCAUCCGGUUAUAUUAGUCUGAGCGCACAUUGAUGCUUCUCGGGCUAGCUUAGCUUGCUAGUUAGCUUAGCUUGUUAGCUGCUAACAAAUAGACGCGGACGUUAUCAACACAUCGCUAAGUAGAGAUCAAAUGUGAGUAUAAAGUGUUGUGAUUGUGUGAAAAUGUGCGAAAGAACCAUAGCAAAGUACGAGGAGGAACUUUGUCCAACAAAAGAGGAGAAGGAGCGACAACAACAUAAACAUCAAGUUGUGUUACACAGAACAGACAUCCAUCAGCUGACUGAACACCAAGAAGAAUUUCUCCCUCAUCUGCAGGGGAACAGUUUCACUUUAGAGUAUCCACAGCCCUCACAUUUUAAAGGGGACAAGGAGUAUCCACAGCCUCCCUAUUUUAAAGAGGAAGAAGGGGGAGAGUGUCCUGUAGGGCAGGAGGAGGCUGAUCUCAGCAAGUUUCCACUGACUGUUGUCUCUGUGAAGACUGAAGAGCAUGAAGACAAACCACCUGAGUCCUCACAGCUUCAUCACAGUCCAAACGUUGAAAAAGAACCUCUACCCCAUGAGCAGGAAGAGGAACCACAGUCCCCCCACAUACACAAGGAAGAGGAGGUACCACAUUCCCAACACAUUAAAGAGGGAAGAGAGGAGCCACAUCCUCCCAACUUUAAAGAGGAACACGAGACGCCACAGACCCAUAGUGUUAAACUGACCCUUCAAAUUCAAGGGCAAGCAGAGGACCCACUCAUCUUACACAUCAAAAAAGAAGAGGAAGACCCACUGACCCCUCCCUUUAAAGAGCAAGAGAAACCACAGCCCUUUCACAUUAAAGAGGAAGAGGAGGACCCACUGACCCCAUACUUUAAAGAGGAAGAGGAAGGCCAAGAGCCAACGUACAUUAAAGAGGAAGAGGAGGAACACAGCAUCAGUCAGCCUAAAUGGUUGGAGGAGUUCCCAGUGACUGGUGUCCCUGUGAAGAGUGAAGGUGAUGAGGUCAAAGGUGAAAGUGAGGAGAGAGGAGGGGCGGAGCCUCCAAGCAGCAGCUCAACACAACACAUGACAACAGAAGCUGAUGGAGACCACUGUGGAGGAUCACAAGCAGACAAGCUCUUAGCUCCACUAUCAGAUAGUGAGGACACAACGUCACACUCUCCUGACACUGAUGAUGAAGACUCUAAAGAUGAUAAGACAUGUCACACUGACAACACUCACUUCACAUGUUCUCUCUGUCACAAAACCUUUAAAUACCAUAGUGACCUGAAAAGACAUAUUACAACACACACUGGAGAAAAAACUUUUUCUUGCUCAGUAUGUGGUAAAGGUUUUGUUUUAAGUACACAUUUGAAAGAACACAUAAGAACACACACCGGAGAAAAACCUUUUAUCUGUUCACUCUGCGGUAAAGGUUUUGCACAAAGUUCAAGUUUGGAAAAACACAGAAGAACACACACUGGAGAAAAACCUUUUAUAUGUUUAAUCUGUAGUAAAGGUUUUGUACAAAGUCACCAAUUGACAGUACACAUGAGAACACACACUGGUGAAAAACCUUUUGUCUGUUCAACCUGUGGUAAAGGUUUUACACAAAGUCAACAUUUGAAAGUACACACAAGAACACACACUGCUGAAAAAACUUUUUCUUGUUCAACCUGUGGUAAAGGUUUUACGCAAAGUCGAUGGUUGAAAGUACACACAAUAACACACUCUGGUGAAAAACCUUUUUCCUGUUCAAUCUGUGGUAAAGGUUUUACAGAAAGUCGACAUUUGAAAAGACACAAAAGAUUACACACUGGUGAAAAAUCACAUUCCUGUUCAAUAUGUAACCGAAGCUUUUGUGAGCGAUCAAACCUUGUAGCACACAUGAGAACACACACUGGAGAGAAAUCACAUUCCUGUUCAAUCUGCAACCGAAGCUUUUGUGAACGAUCAAAACUUGUAAGACACAUGAGAACACACACUGGAGAGAAAUCCCAUUCCUGUUCAAUCUGCAACAGAAGCUUUUCUGAACGAUCAAACCUUGUAGUACACAUGAGAACACACCCAGGAGAGAAAGUGUUGAGUUGUGGUGUGUGUGGUGAAAGAUUCUCUAAUAAGAAGCAGUGUAAGAAACACAAGUGUGCUGGUGAGAACAGCAGCAGCAAAUGAAACUGCAGGAUUUGAAAUAAACUGUCAAGACUUUCAUUUUGACUUUCUAACAACAUCAGCACAUAUAACAUGUGUGACAUUGUUGUUUGUGUAACAAUCUUUUUAAUAUGCCUCGACAUUUAUAGAUUAUAUAUUUUAUAUUAGUGAUUUUUUCAGUCAAGCACAUGCAUUAAUAUGCAACAUUGUGCACUUUUAUUAUAAAAUGGAGAGAACAAUUUGAGUAAAAAGGUGAGAGUAAACAGUACGAGUCUUAUUUUACAUGCAAUGAACAUUUUGUGUGGAUGUACACACACACACACACACACACAUAUAUAUAUAUAUAUAUAUAUAUAUAUAUAUAUAUACACACAUAUAUAUAUAUAUAUAUAUAUAUAUAUAUAUAUAUAUAUAUAUAUAUAUAUAUAUAUCAAUACUACAAGAAGCAUAUUAUUAUUUACUUUAUACAUCAUUUAAACAGUUGUCUUUUAUACAAUUUUAAAAUGUAUGUCUUUUUUAAUCAUUUGUUGGGUCUCUAUAAUCUAUUUCAUUCCUUAUCGUUAUUACUCUGUAUUAUGAUGAUUUUUUGGUGAUUAUUUUAUAUGUAUGUCCCCAGACCUUUAUGCAGUAUAAAAGUGGGAGAAAAUGGCAGACUUUUUUUGUGAAAGGAUGGUUUUGUUUUUACAAACUUACAUUUGUGGAUAUAUCAAAUAAAUCCAGUAUUGUGUUUUCAACAUUUUUUAAUGUUUUUUUUUUCUUUUUUAACAUCCCCAAAACAACAUCAAUAUCAGUCAAAGUUUAAAGUGUCAGGAAAAAGCCAAUAUUGUACAUCAUCCCACAGAGAUUUACUUUGCAUGUAUUCUUAAAAUAAACUGUUUAUUGUGUUUCCCUAUCACAGAACGAACAAGUGUUGUAUCCAAUUGCAAAACAACAUCCAAAAUAUUACUUUAAGUGGUCAAUUCCAUCUUUUUUUUUCUUAAAUUAACUCUUUUGCCUUAGAAAGAAUGGAAACUUUUAA